AAAAAAAAAAAAAAAGGUGAGAAAAAAAUACAAAAGAAAAACAAUCAGGGCUAGGGCUUCCCUUGCCAGAGCAGAGAGAGGGAAGGAGACGCUGAGAGAGAGAGAGAGAGAGAGAGAGAGGGAGAAGGAGACGUUGGGUCAGAGCAGUCUAUCAGAUCAAGUGGGUCAUGUCGGUUGAUGAUAGCAAUGCCAAAGAUCCACAGGCAGGGUCAGAUGACUCACCUGCUGGAGAGAGAACAAGGGAACUUGGAAAUGCUGGAGAAGUUCUAACAAGACUCGAUAUUGGUUUAGCGUAUUCUUUUGAGAAGCUGUUGAACUUGGACAUACUUCUGAUGCACGUGGCAGACCGAGCAAGCCAUUAUGAAGCUCUGGUUGUAGAGAACGAAGAUGCCUCAUCUGAUUCUUUUGAGAAGGCACUAGAAUUUGAUAUCCUAUCUGGGAUGUUAGAUUCGGAGGUUAAAGAGCUCGACAAUUUCGUGGUUUCUCUGCAAGAAAGGAUUUUUGAUGCCCGGGAAAAAAUAUCUUCAUGUGAACACUCAAAUGGAACUUUUACAGAAAGCAAACAGAAGUUGCAUGACUGUGAAGAAUCUUUGAAGCAGUGUCAAGACCAAGUUGCCGAAAUGAGGAUGCAAUCAGCUGUGUUUGAAAGCACCAUAGCUUUUGGCGGACAGGAAUAUUGGAACAACGAGGUCUCCAAGUCUCCAGAAAACAGUCAACUGCCAUCCCUGAAUGCUAAAAUGAAAUUGCAGACUGCCGAACAACAGAGACAUAUCUUAGGAAUGUUGGAGAAGUCAUUGGCCAGAGAGCUGGAUCUUGAAAAGAGGCUUUCGGAAUCCAAAGACAACGAGGAAGAGCUCAAAUUGAAACUGCACCACGCGGAAGGAGUGACAUUGUCCAUAAUAGAAACAACAGAUCUCAUCGCGGAGAAGUUAUUCGAAGCAGAAAACGUCACUGUGGUACUGAUGGGUAUUUCAAAAGAACUGAUGGGGAAGCUUCAGAUCGUCCAAUUCAAUUUGAACAGUUCAAUACAACGAGAAGGUGAGGCAAGAUUGAAGUUGCGAAACAGUAUGCAAUUCGAAACCCUUAGUGCUGAAAUCGAUAAUUUGAAAUCCAAACUUAAACAAGCUGAAGAUAAGUGCAGUAUUGCUGAUACCGAGGUUGUUACUUUGCGGGAGAACGUGAAAUCACUUGAAGGGCAGUUGAGAGAAUCUGAUAGCCAGUUAGAGCUUGUGAAGGCCUCUGUUGAAGCAAGUCAGGGGCAGCAGCACUUGCUAUCUUCUGAAAUCAAUGACUUGGAAAUUGUAAUUGAGGAUCUGAGGGAGAGUGUUUCAAGAGCUGAAAGCCAGGCGGAAAGUUUAGAGUGCAAGUGUAAAUUGUUAGCAGAAACGAACCUGGAGCUUAAUGAAGAGUUGGGUCUCCUUAGAAAUAACAAUGGAAUCGACAAGGUGAAUUUUCUUGAGAAGCAGCUGCGGCAAUCUGAAACACAGUUACAGCAUGCCAAGGCAACUAUUGAAGCAAGCAAGGAGCAGCAAACCAUGCUGAAUUCCACCCUCCAUGAUAUGGAGAAUUUGAUUGAGGAUCUGAAGGCGAAGGCUUCGAAGGCGGAAGGCAGGGCAGAGAGUGCUGAAUCGAAGUGCGUGCUGUUAACUGAAACUAAUUUGGAGCUUAAUGAGGAGUUGAGUUUUCUUAGAAGUAGGAUUGAAUGCUUGGAGACAUCUUUGCAUCAAGCGGACAAUGCAAAAAUAGCCACAGCGAAGGACAUUGCUAUCAGGACGAAAGUUAUUACUAAUCUGGUCAUGCAACUUGCCAUGGAAAGAGAGCGUCUUCAAACACAGAUAUCUUCACUGAGGAAAGAAGUGAAGUACUGGAAAGCAAAAGCUGAUGACUCUGUUAUUCCGAGCUGCGACGGAAACGGAAACGAAGACUCGAAAGGAAAUUUCUUCCCCAGUAGUGAUUCGCCUACUGCUCAACAUUCUAAAUCAUCAGAGGAAGUGGUCACAGAGACUACGAGCUUUCAGGUGGACAAGCUUUCAAAAGACGUCUCCACAUGUCCAACUGAAGUGGGGCCUGCCAUUUCAGCAGGGGAUGCCAUGGAUGAAGUUUCCAAGCUCGAGACGGUGCGGUCAAUAGGGGCAUGUGAGCUAAAUUCAAAGCAUGUUUUGAUGGCAUUUCUCCUCCUGUUGAUUUCCAUAUUUGCGGUAUAUAUAUUUCAGCAAGAAAGCUGCCCGUUUUGAUGUUUUGCUAACCCUUCUCUCCUCGUAUGGUGAUGAGUAGAAUAUUCUCACACAUGUAACGAUGCCCGCUAGAGAUACAAUGUACACAACACUUUUAGAUCAGUACUUUUGAUGGGUUUUUAAAAAAAAAUAAUAAUAAUCCAACACAACGCUAAUGUUUGAUGAAACAUAA